AAUCAAAACAAAAAGAAUUCAUUUCAAAUUCUUGUUUUGAUAAUUGUCUCAACUCUUUUUAUUUAAUUUAUAAUUUAAUUUCAAUUAAAUUGUGUCAAUCAAUUAUAUACUUUGGACAUUCUUCUUGUUAUCAAAGUUAUAAAAAUAGUAGUUUAAUCUGUGUGAUUGGUGUUUAAACUAUGGCUAAAAAGAAAAGUAAACGAAAAGCUGCAACCCGAAGGAAAGCAAUUGAACCAUUGGAUAUACAAUUUAAUUGUCCAUUUUGUAAUCACGAGAAAAGCUGUGAGGUAAAAAUGGAUCGUAAUCGGAAUAUUGGAAGAAUUACCUGUCGAAUUUGUUCAGAAGAUUUUCAAACGGCCAUUAAUUACCUUUCAGAGGCAAUCGAUGUUUACUCCGAAUGGAUUGAUGCCUGUGAAACUGUCAACUCUUAAAUCUAUUACGACAAUGGACAAAAUAAUGGACUUAAAUUGAUCCAUCACGAGUAAAUAAGAAAGAAAAAUCAACACAAAAAAAGCUUAAUCAUUAAUGGUUCACACUUUCAUCAUGUUCUUUUCGUCAUUUUCAAUAAAUAGUAUUCAUUUUUAUUAAUAUAUCAACAA